CGCUGACACGGGGGACACCAGGCAGAAUAUCUGAUGGGAGAGAUUUAGGACCUGAGGGAGCCGGGAGACCCGAGAGACCAUGGCCUGGUCGGCCACCCGCUCUCUUCCCCGGGCGCGAGGCCUAGGAGACCGCAAGCCACCCUCCAGGAAUGCGCGUGCAGUCGUUGCCAUGGCAACGUGCAAGCCUGCGCGGACCCACUGCUAAAGGAAAGGGGAGGUUGUUGGGGGGUGUGGGGGCUGGUCCCUGGCGGUCCAAAUUCAUCACGCGGCGGUAGCACGAGGGAACUGGGGACGUCCCCUCCCCCGUGUCCCAUAUCCUUUGGGAGCCACAGCGCAAGUCGCAUCGCCUCUCUGAGCCUCAGUUUCCAUAUCUGCCAAAUGGAGACAAGAUUAUUGGUUCCAAGUUCCCCGAAGAGUUAUCUGGAGGGCCCGCUCGCCAUGGCCCUCUAUGAGGCCCUUUUCCUGGCGCUGCUGGUAGGCGCUCACGCAGAGCUCCCAGGCUGCAAGAUUCGCGUCACCUCCAAGGCGCUGGAGCUGGUGAAGCAGGAGGGGCUGCGUUUUCUGGAGCAAGAACUGGAGACCAUCACCAUUCCGGACCUGCGGGGCAAAGAGGGCCACUUCUACUACAACAUCUCUGAGGUGAAGGUCACAGAGCUGCAGCUGACAUCUUCCGAGCUCGAUUUCCAGCCACAGCAGGAACUGAUGCUACAAAUCACCAAUGCCUCCUUGGGGCUGCAGUUCCGGAGACAGCUGCUCUACUGGUUCUUCUAUGAUGGGGGCUACAUCAACGCCUCAGCUGAGGGUGUGUUCAUCCGCACUGGUCUGGAGCUGUCCCGGGAUCCCACUGGCCGGAUGAAAGUGUCCAAUGUUUCCUGCCAGGCUUCUGUCUCCAGGAUGCAUGCGGCCUUUGGUGGAACCUUCAAGAAGGUGUAUGAGUUUCUCUCCACGUUCAUCACCUCAGGGAUGCGCUUCCUCCUCAACCAGCAGAUCUGCCCCGUACUCUACCAUGCAGGGACGGUCCUGCUCAACUCCCUCCUGGACACCAUUCCUGUGCGCAGUUCUGUGGAUGACCUCGUUGGCAUUGACUACUCCCUCAUGAAGGAUCCUGUGGCUUCUACCAGCAACCUGGACAUGGACUUCCGGGGGGCCUUCUUCCCCCUGACAGAAAAGAACUGGAGUCUCCCCAACCGGGCGGUGGAGCCCCAGCUGCAGGAGGAGGAGCGGAUGGUGUAUGUGGCCUUCUCUGAGUUCUUCUUCGACUCUGCCAUGGAGAGCUACUUCCGGGCAGGGGCCUUGCAGCUCUCGCUGGUGGGGGACAAGGUGCCCCAUGACCUGGAUAUGCUGUUGAGGGCCAGCUACUUUGGGAGCAUUGUCCUGCUGAGCCCAGCAGUGAUUGACUCCCCACUGAAGCUGGAGCUGCGUGUUCUGGCCCCACCGCACUGCACCAUCAAGCCUGCUGGCACCACCAUCUCCGUCACUGCCAGCGUCACCAUUGCCCUGGUCCCACCAGACCAGCCUGAGGUCCAGCUGUCCAGCAUGACUAUGGAUGCCCGUCUCAGCGCCAAGAUGGCUCUCCGGGGGAAGGCCCUGCGCACGCAGCUGGACCUGCGCAGGUUUCGAAUCUAUUCCAACCAGUCUGCACUGGAAUCGCUGGCUCUGAUCCCAUUACAGGCCCCUCUGAAGACCUUGCUGCAGAUAGCAGUGAUGCCCAUGCUCAAUGAGCGGACCUGGCGUGGGGUGCAGAUCCCACUACCUGAGGGUAUCAACUUUGUGCGUGAGGUGGUGACGAACCAUGCGGGCUUCCUCACCAUUGGGGCUGAUCUCCACUUUGCCAAAGGGCUUCGAGAGGUGAUUGAGAAGAACCGGCCUGCUGAUGUCAUGGCAUCCACUGCCCCCCCACCCUCCACAGCAGCUGUCUGAGCCCUCGAACCCCACACUGGCAGCUGUCAUUCAGGACUCCAACCCCUCUUUCCCCACAUUCGUAUCCUAUAGUGGCCCCUCUAACCCCCAGUGCCACAGAGAAGACGGGGUUUGAAGCUGUAUCCAAUUUAAUUCCAUAAUCAGUGAAUCCAUCAAUUAUAGUCCUUCCACCACCUCCCA